UGCAAAAUUAAGAACCUAAAAUCUAUUACGACACAACAUUCGUUUAUAAGGGGUUUACAUUACAUUAAAAAUUACUUUGAAUUAUUAUUAUGCAUUAAAUAUUUGUCUAAUGUCAUUGUUAAAUAGGUGAAAAAUUGGGUUGGGAAAAGUUUGGUACAGUUUUGUGGGCAUUUAUUACGCUGAAAGCUCAGUCUUGCCCCAAACAAGUCCUAAAUCUUGUGAACUAAACCGCUCACCAAACUCCUCACUCAACUUUCUUCAAUCAUAACAUUCUUCUAUUUUCAUUCAACUUUCUCUCCGACAUUUACAUUAUCCGUGCAUUUUAAAACGCGAGUUUCAACAUAACAAAAAAAAAUUAGAAUGUGCUCGGACUUAUUAUUCAUGCAUGAAUGAUACAGUGGCAGCAGAUCUUCCAUUUGUGUGCCUGUUUACAUGUUGUUGCAAUUGUUUUUUAAAUAAAGAAAUAGAAAGCAGUUUGUUGCUUGUUCCAAAAGCAUCAGGAUGGUCCUUUAUGAUGACAAAAAGUGGUUGUGUCGGUUGAUAAGAACAGCUUUCACCAUAGAAGAUGAUUCAGGCGUUUGCGAGAAGGUGUUAAAGGAGAAACCAUACUUGGGCGACCAACAAGGAGGGGGAGGAGACACAAGCUCUGCAUCCAGCGAAGACUCGUUUGAUAUUAGAGCUAAUUUAGAUGGAGCUGAUCUGGGGCAUCGACGCAGGUCCAACACAGCAAUUCGACUGGAGAAACUAGAUAAACAGAAAAAAGCUCAAAACGCUACACAAUUUGUAAGAAUAACUGACAACGAUGUCAUUAAGAAUGACUUGAUAUUCGAGCCAAAUAUGGAUUAUCAAGAAGAUUCAAAGACCCGAGGGGAUCAUGUAGUUCAUGUCCAACAAUUACUAACGAAGGGUCCACAUCCGGACAGCAUACCCUAUAUGCGUUAUGCGACGUUCGAAUCAAGUUGUCAUCCUUCAAUUCCAUAUAGAAAAUUUGCCAUUUUUGUCACCUUCCUACCCAUUCGAAUAAGAUCUUAUCCCGUGAAAGUGGCUGUGGUAGCAACAGCUAAAGUUUUGGAGCUGAUUGGCCUUGUCCUUUGGGUCAUCAGUAAAACUUAUCCUGAUGUCAAGUUAAAGACUGUCCACCAAUACAAUAUUCAGAUAUCCGACGUUGAUGGAGAAUGGGAUAAUGAUUUCCCCCCAUUAGAUCACCAUGAACCUAUUGGAAAAUUUUCAUUUAGUCAUUUAGCACUCGUCCCGGCGGAUGGGCAAGCGGAGCAACCAAAGUUAACUUACAUUUUCACUUUUCUACUUCCUAAUGCUGGAGAACUGCGCGUUUCUUUACCUGAUCCUCAAACUAUCACGAUGAAGGAGGCUCUUGAGAUUGUUUUCCAAAAGUCUGGAUGGAUUAAAUUGACUGGAAAUACAUCAGAUAUUAAUGGAUAUCAUUUGGAGAAAUUGGGACACCCUUCCGUAGUUUUCAAAGACUUAAAUAUGAAUAUAGGCGAAACAAAGUGUCGAGAAUUUUGUUUAGUUAGAAACGGUGCUAAGAGCGUCCAAGCAGCCAGAGUGAGUGAUGCUACAAGCAAACCUGAAAAUGACAUGCCAGGACAUUCAGAGUUAUUUCGAGUUACCGUCACAGGGAGAUUUAACCGGGUUCGAAAUGCGCUAUGCGUUAUUCACCGCGACCGCAUGGAACUUGAAUUUCAAGCAAAAAUUAAGACAUACCCAUUUUCACAUAUUUCCGGCGUCAAGUUGGAUGCAACAAAAAACCGAGUUUUGGUAUCUCUCACUCAAGGAGCCCAGAGCAACUAUACAAGUUCUAGUCACUUGCAGCUAUCAACUGCUGACGUAACUACUGCCACGGAAUUACACCAUCGAUUACAAUGCAUUAUUGAGUCGUAUCCCAAAGGACACAAAAUAUCGUGAGUACGAACAGUGACAUGAUUCGUAAAUAUGUAUAUACACCAAUAUAGUUUUAUUUUACGAGGGAGCAUAGAUUACGCAAUAAAUAUCAAAAUUGUUCAAGACUUCUUA